AACGCCGACGACUCCAUCGUUGUCAUCUCUCCACGUGUCCAUUUUCUUCCUUCUGUUCAUUGACACCGGGAGAAUUGCGACAAGAUGGUCCGCAAGUUCUCCAAGUUCCCCAAGAAGCCGGCUGGCUGGCUUCCUCCGUCGGCACCGCUGCAUAUGCGGAAGCAAGUAUUUCUACCCGAUUUCACCAUCGCUCUUAUCCGCACUCCCUUCCUUCCGCCUCGAUAUGCCUCCUUCUACGUCCCGCUCCAUUUCAACAAGCUUGAUAUUCGCGACUAUCUGCAGCGCUUGUACGGAGUCAAGGUGCUCAGCGUGCGCAGUUUCGUCGAGCAGCAGAAGGUGACGCGAAUGCGAAAGGAUGGCAAACAUGGAUAUGGCCGUCUGAGGAGGCCCCAGGCGAAGAAGAAGAUGACUGUUGAGAUGAAGGAGCCGUUCGUGUGGCCUGAGCCACCGAAGGAUAUGGCACCAUGGGAAAAGGAUCAAUUCUUCAAGGCCGCCCAAUAUCAGAAGGACAUGCAGUCCAAGAACGACCCCCAGUCCGCUAUGGAACCGAACAAGCCCGAGCGAGAGGCAUUCGAGAAACAGGCCAAGGAACUGCUGGAGGGCAAGCAGACAUGGAGACCAACCUGGCAGGCUCUGGGCCUGAACUAUGACCGACCGGCCAUUCCGACCGGUAAGGGAUCCUCGACACGGUCAUGAGGGGGCUCAACUUCGUUUCGGCGCUUUGUUCUUUUGUCUCCCAGGGUCUAACUGCGACCUUUUUACUGUCAUUGUAUCAUAUGGUUUGUGCUGUAGUAUAAAAUUGCCUGGCGUGGCGAUGUACGGACCUGGUAUUAUCAUCUUGCCGAUUUUUCCUUUUUAGCUUAGUUUUUUUACAAAGACAUAGACUCAACAGGUCAAUGAAUGGAUU